AUGGGCAGCAGAAGCAUUCACCAAAGGAUUGAAUUCGAGAAGUUCAGACGCUUCCCGGAAAUUGAAGGAAAGCCUGCUCGAGUUUCAAGUAACGACUUGGGCGAAUGUCCACAACUGAAGGACCGAUCGCAGUCGGAACAACAGAUCGCUGCAGGAGAAAGAAACAUCAGGGUCACGGAUAUUUCUUACCCCAGGUUAUCGGAAUACAACUUCAACAUCAGUAUAAUGGAAUUGGUGUCAGCAAUGAGAAACAUCAAAGAGGCACGGUUCCCGAGACCAAUGAGAUCCGUACAAGGACAGAGGGAUCUUAACUUAUGGUGUGAAUACCAUGGGAUAAACGGCUACCGAACAGGGGACUGGCGACACCUUCAGGAAGAAGUGGCAACGCUAUUGAAGAAUGGUCACCUCAGAGAAUUCUUAAGUGACCGAGCAAAAAACAACUAUGGUCGGAACAGAGACACUUCGGAACCCUCGAAAGCAGGAGAAGAACCCCCACGCCAAACGAUCAAUAUGAUCUUCGAGGGGAAUGAGAUUAAUGGGGUCACCUUUGCGGCGGCGAAGAAGACGAAAGUUUCAAUAACUCAUAGUAAAAGGCUCUGGGAAGAUUAUAUCACUUUUACGGAGGAAGAUGCAGAUGGAUUGCUGCUUCUGCACAACGAUGCACAAGUAAUUUCUUUAAAUGUAUUAGACUUUAAAAUUAAACGUGUUCUAGUGGAUCCAGGAAGUUCAGCUAAUAUCAUACAAUGGAGAGUACUGGAGCAAACCAAACUCACCGAAAGCAUUAUUCCGACAACAAAGCUCCUUGCUGGAUUCAACCUCACGAGCGUGACAACCUGGGGAGAAAUUCUGCUACUCAUAAAUGCUGAAGGAGUAAUGAAAACAACUCUCUACGAAGUUGUAGACAGGGACAUGUGA